UUGAGGUUUCAUUUCUACUCCAUUCUCCUCUCAAAAUUAAUUAUAGAAAAACAUCUUCUAUUUUGGUAGGGAACACAAAAAAAAUAUAAUAUAAUAAGAAUACAUAUUUUACACAAUUCUUUUAGAUUGAUAUUCUACUAAUUUUUAAAAUUAUUUUUAUUUAUGAAGUUAAACAAUAUUUUAAAAUAAUUUUUCUAGCUACUUUUAUUUACGAAGUCAACGGCUUCUUGACAUCCGAGCUUAGUAAAAAAUGAGACAUUUAUUCCCGGACGAAUGUUGUUUAAGAUAGAUGCCUUAAUAUCGUUGAAAUCGAAGCCUACGAUAAAACAAUUUCUUGGACACCUUAUCACUAGAUCCCACUCCAUUCACAACUCUUCUCAACUCUUCUAAGAAAUCGCUACACUGACGCAACAUAAUCUAGUGAUGACUGCACUCCACCUGUUCGAUAAAAACCCCAAGAGAAUCCCUAAAACUGUUAUAGCGAUGAGGCGAUUGUUGUUGAACUCUGUUUCUUCUCUGAAGCAUUACUCUUCAUCAGCAUCAGCUUCAAACGUGCUUAAACCCGGUGACAUUUUGAAGCAAUCCAGAAUAUUUUCCAUAGCCGAAGUCGAGGAUUACUCGAAGCUAACACACGAUCAUAAUCCACUCCACUUUGAUUUGGAAUGCGCCACGAAAGCCGGAUACAAAGACACUCCUAUCCCGGGAUUGCUUGUUGCUUCCCUGUUUCCGAGGAUCAUCGCUUCCCAUUUCCCGGGGGCGAUUUACGUGAAGCAAACGCUGGAGUUUAGGGAGCCGGUUUUCGUAGGAGAUGAUGUUGUUGGUGAAGUGCAGGCAAACAGCAUUAGACAGCUCAAAGAUAAGUUCAUGGUGAAGUUUGCGACUACUUGCCGGAAAGAUGGUGGCGAGGUCGUGAUUGGUGGUGAGGCUACGGCAAUUCUACCCGCGCUGGCAGUGAAUGGAGUCGGCCAGGGGUGACCGGAGACUGCGUUUCGACCUGCUUUUUCUUGAUUGUUAUGAAUUUGCUUUGCUUGUGUUGUUUAAUUUUAUUUUCCAUCCAUUGAUUUUGAAGGGAUAUUUGAUUCUGUUGUUACUAGGCAUUUUUGUCUCUCUCUUUAGACUAUCAAGUUCCUUUUGUGUCAUAAAAUAAAGUUCGAAAAAAACUAAAAAAUGUUGAAAGUUUAUGUAUCUAAAGGCAAAUAACUCAAUCAAAAUUAUUAAUAGGUUUUCCUGUGAACUUUAAAGUUGGCAAAGAAACCCAUAAACUUGGCAACAGUAGCCAAUUACCCACAAAAUUGAUUUUCCCCGAGUUAGAUUCGAAAACAUUUCCAAAAAAAUCGGAUUGCACAAUGUAGCUUGUGUAUAUAAAUCCUAAGAUUCUACA